AUGGUUAAGCUACAAGUUCGAGAACCAGGUUGCAGGAGGCGAUUGGUUUCCCUUUCUUGUGCUAACGGUUGCAGUUCAGGACCACUCGCCGGUUGUAAAUUGAGCCACAAGCAGGUAGAAGUCGUCUUCCGGGUUGUUUAUCACGAUGGUUUGGUAAAAAGAAAUGGUUUUUUGGGUAAUGGUGUUGCCUGUAGUUGUUGUGAAGUAGAGAUUAGCCCUUCACAGUUUGAGUCUCAUGCUGGAAUGUCUGCCAGGCGUCCGCCCUACCGUCACAUUUAUACUUAUAAUGAACUGAGCCUCCACGAUAUAGCUAUUUCGUUGGCAAAUGGACAAAACAUUACCACAGGUAUUGGUGAUGAUAUGUGUGCAGAAGGUGGAGAUGGAGGGGAUCUAAUGUUUUUUCAGAGUUGCCCUCGUGCUUUUCAUGCAGCAUGUUUGGAUUUACAGGACACUCCUGAAGGUGCUUGGCGUUGUCCAAAUUGACGAAGGCAAUUUUGCAAGACCUAAUGUCAUCCGGCUGACUCGAGUUGUUAAAACUCCAGAAUAUGAUGUUGGUGGUUGUGUUGUUUGCAGGUUAAAUCUCUUGAAAUUUCUAAUAGAUUUUACCCUAGCAAAUAGUAGGAUGUCAUUUUUUUAGGCAAAGAACUUGAUGUUAGUAUAAAAUUGGCCAAUGACCUUUUUGUCACUCCUACGA